CUUGAAAUCAUUUUAUUAGAAACUGAUUCAACCCGGUUUGCUAUCUCUUAAAUUAGAUAAAAGUUGAGAUUGAGGAGCGACAACAUGAAAGGAGAGAUGGGCCAUAGUAGAAAACCCAUGGUCCACUAAGAGCUUCAUGGAUUGUAAAAACGGUAAUGGUUGCAAAAUAGAGGAAUCGAAUAGGAGACGAGACGAGGGUACGAGCCAAGAAAGACGGGAUGGAGACGAAAUGGUGGAAGGUAGGAGCAAUUCUGGGGAUUGUUGCUAUAGGGAGGGAAUUGAUUAAGCAAACAGGAUGGGACAAAGAAGCUGCACUGAAGGUGUUUGCUGAAUGGUCGGAUGGCUUAGGUAUAUGGGCUAUGCCAAUUUAUGUUGGGAUUCACACUCUCACCUUGGCACUUUGUUUGCCCUACGCUGUUUUCUUUGAGGCUGCCGCUCCUCUUCUUUUCGGAUUCAUGCCUGCAGUCCUUUGCGUCUUUUCCGCCAAGCUCUUAGGGGCUUCCCUCUCUUUCUGGAUCGGCAGGCUAGUUUUCAGGAGUUCAAGUUCAGCCAUGGAGUGGGCACAGAGAAACAAAUAUUUCCAUCUUCUUUCCAAGGGAGUCGAACAAGAUGGUUGGAGAUUUGUCCUUCUUGCACGCUUCUCUCCCAUGCCCUCUUAUGUCAUUAACUAUGCCCUAGCUGCUACAAAAGUUGAGUUUCUAGUGGAUUUUCUGCUUCCUACAAUCAUUGGCUGUCUGCCAAUGAUCUUACAGAACACAUCUAUAGGCAGCCUUGCUGGUGCUGCUGUUGCUUCGACAUCUGGCUCUCAGAAAUCAAAGGUUUGGUCUUACCUUUUUCCAUUACUUGGGAUUAUAUCAAGUAUCCUCAUUUCUAUGAGAAUCAAAAAGUACUCUUCUGAUAUCACAAUGGUUGAAUCCUCUCCUAGCAAUCAUACUACUGACUCUAAUGAUGUUGAUUCAUCAAAAGACCUUUCUGGUAAUACAGGUGGCGAUGGCCUGAAGAAGAGUCGAUGAAAAAAGAAUUUAACUAUACUAGUGCUAACCUUUUCCGGUUGUUUUUUUUUCUUUUACUGACUCCUCAUUAUAGAUAAUGAUAUGCGAUUUUCUGUUUAUUGUGUUUCAAAAAGGCCAUAAGGACAUACUGUGGUUGCAUUAUUUAUGGUGCUUAUUUGCUUUGGAACUAAAUAUUUUGGCUGACAUUCGGGGUUUAAAGUUUGGCCAUCAUUUUGGUCUUUUGGUCC